GUUUAAACUCGGGAUUUUUAUCUGGUUAAACUCGCAUUUUAAUAUCAUUUGACUAACAAUCUUGAAGAAAGAUAUUAUUUCUCGAGUUUUGGAAAAUCCAAAAAUGGCAAACUUGGAAAAUGCUGUUAUUUCCGAAAAUGUUGUUGAGAAUGAUGUGAAUGAUAUCCCUCAAAAUAAUGUAAAUUCUGUGUCUGUGACUAACUGUGGAGACACAUCUGAAUAUGUUGCUACGGGCUUGCACAGGGUUGAUUUAACCGGAAUGCCGGAAAAAUUUUCUGAGCAUUUUUUCAAGCGUUGGCAACAACGCAUGAAAAUUUGGUUAAUCACCAAGAGCUUGCUCUCGACAAUUAUGACGGUGUGUCCACCUGUUGUUGAAUCGGAUCCCAAAAGUCUUGAACGCCAAGCUUUAUGGCGUGAGAGGGAUGAAAUUGCAAAAGGCAUGAUUUUGUUGGGUCUCUCCGACAUGUUAUUUGAUGUCUAUUGCACCCUCCACGGCACGGCUAAGGACAUUUGAGAUGAGUUGGAUAGGAAAUAUAAUACUGAGGACCACGGUCUUGAAAAAUAUAUUGUUUCUAAAUUCCUACGAUUUGACAUGAAAGAAUGUAAAUCGGUGUUAGAACAGACACAAGAAUUUGAGCUCAUCUUACAUUCUCUUCGUGAAGCGGAUAUGGAAUUGCCUGAAAAAUUUAAAGUGAUGGCGGUCAUAGAAAAAUUUCCCAAAUCUUGGGAAGAUUUUGGUAUGACUUUAAAACAUAAAAUGAAAAAGAUCACUUGGAAAUCUUUGAUGCAUUCCAUAACUGUUGAGGAAGAGCAUAAGAAAGCUGGCUACAUUGCGCCUGUUGAUUUUCAACCGAAGGCUCAUUUUGUAACAGGGGAAAAACAGUCACAAAAUUCUAAAAAUAAACAAUCAUCAUCUUUUAAACCCAUAAAGGCCAAAUUAAAAAUUGCAAAGAAACCAAAGGCAAACCGACCAUGCUGGAACUGUGGACAGAUGGGGCAUUAGGCCAAAUUGUGUCCUAACAAAAAGGUCAAGGCUCAAUCUGGGGGACCUCAAGUCAACAUGGUGACUGGAGGGACUAGUUCUAAUGGCCUGCGGUUGGAAGAACGGUGAUGAUGGGGAACACAAGUGCUGCAACUGUGCAAGGAAUUGGAAAAGUAGAAAUAAAAUUUUCUUCGUGGAAAAUUCUUUCUUUGCAUGGGGUGCAUCACGUUCUCGAAAUUAGAAGGAACAUUGUUAGUGGUUCCAUUCUUGUUAAGGAGGGUUAUGAGCUAUCUUUUAAAUUAAAUAAAGUGUAAUUUUAAUUGGUGG